CAGGGCCCAUGUAUUUGGAAACUUGCCAACGUCUUGAACAACACUACCAAGUCGACUACUCCUCGCCUUUUUCUCCGCGGUGUCUACAAUCAUGGCCAAUAACAUCACACUUCUCUGGUGCACCUUCUCGGUUCCGUGCUGGCGGGUUAUGAUCGCUCUGGAGGAGAAAAUGUUGCAGGGAUACAACCAGACGCUGUUGGACUUCGAUAAAGAAGAGCACAAAUCUACAAUAGUCAUGGACCUCAACCCCCGGGCACAGCUCCCUACAUUCAAACACGGGGACUGCAUAGUGAACGAGUCCUAUGGAGCAUGCAUGUAUUUGGAAAACCAGUUCAGGUCCCAGGGGACCCAGAUGAUCCCUGAGGGUCUAGCCAAACAGGCCCUGAUGUACCAACGCAUGUUUGAAGGCCAAACCUUCUACGAGAAACUUAGUGAUGUGGUCUACUAUGAAUAUUAUGUCCCUCGGGGAGAGAGACAUGACUCUGCUAUCAAGAGGAACAAAGAUAACCUUGCAAUUGAAAUUCAACUGUGGGAGGGAUACUUUCAGAAGAUGGAGGCAGGCUCUUACCUGGCAGGAAAAGCCUUCUCGUUGGCUGAUGUCCUUGUCUUCCCCACCAUUGCCUACUCCUUCCGCUCUGGGCUGUCAGCAGAGAGUUACCCCAAACUGAGAGCAUACUACUCUAUGAUGAAGGACAGACCAAGUGUCAAAACUACCUGGCCCCCACACUGGCUAGAAGACCAGGAAAAACCUCAGUGGGGUGACUUUCUCAAAGAGCUCUGAGACUCACUCCUACUAAAGGAACACAUUAUUUAAAGUAUUAUAGGCAUUUAAAAUCUAUGUACACUAUAUAUACACAAGUAUGUGGACACCCCUUCAAGUUAGUGGAUUCGGCUGACAGGUGUAUAAAAUCGAGCUUCAUGAAAUAGGUUUCCAUGGCUGAGCAGCCGCACACAAGCCUAAGAUCACUAUGCACAAUGCCAACCGUCGACUGGAGUGGUGUAAAGCUCGCCGCCAUUGGACUCGGAAGCAGUGAAAACUCGUUCUCUGGUGUGAUGAAUCACGCUUCACCAUCUCGCAGAGUCCUGACCUCAACCCCAUUGAACAACUUUAGGAUGAAUUGGAACACCAACUGCAAGCCAAGCCUAAUCGCCCACAUCAGUGCCCGACCUUACUCCUGUGGCUGAAUGGAAGCAACAUCCCCGCAACAAUGUUCCAACAUCUAGUGGAAGUCCUUCCCAGAAGAGUGGAGGCUGUUAUAGCAGCAAAGAGAGGGGACCAACUCCUUAUGAAUGCCCAUAAUUUUGGAAUGAGAUGUUCGUCAAGCAGGUGUCCACAUACUUUUAGUUAUGUAGUGUAGUUUCCCUUGGUUGCACACCUCAUGAAACAGAAAAGUUGCUUUUUUUUGUGGAUUUACACAUUUGUUUUUGUAACAAACAAAGGCUGUUUUGUACUGUAACACCAUCUAUGUUUGUAAGAACAUGACUUAACAAGAAAACAUGUUUUUAGAAAUACAUGGCUCUGCUGGCAUGUUGUUACUACUCCCCCUGCUGGCGAUCUGAGGAUCCUUCAGAAAAUAACAUGAUCUGUGCAAAUCUACAAAAAUACAAAUGUGGAAAAAGA